CCUCCAAUCAUAUGGUCGCAGACGGAUUCUGAGAGCAGAACGCUGAGGAAGAAGCCGGAGGACCAGGAAAGGUUCCUAAAGACUACUUCCAGAAGAUUUGCUUGCGAUUUAGUCGAUCUUUGUGACAAAGGGCGCUUGAAUUGCCAUAAGGAGAAGACAGAACGAUGCCACGACGAGGAGCAGCAGCACCCAGAGCCCCUCCGCGGGCCGCUCCUCCUCCACCUCCUCCAAGAGCUGCUCCUCCCCCACCAGCUGCUGUUCCUCCACCAGCUGCAGCAGCACCAAAGCAGCCUGGAUUAUUUGCACAGAUGGCUGCAACUGCUGGUGGUGUUGCUGUCGGCUCUGCAGUGGGUCAUGUGGUAGGUCAUGCCUUGACCAGUGGAGGUAGCAGUAGUUCAGAACAGCCCCAGCAGGCAGCACCAGCUCCAGCACAACCCCAAGGAUACCCACAGUACCAAGGCUAUCCACAGCAGCCAUAUGCACAGAGUGGUCCAACAGAACCUCAGGGGCCUUGUGCUUGGGAAAUUAAGCAGUUCCUCCAGUGUGCACAGACACAGUCCGAUGUUUCUGUUUGUGAAGGGUUUAAUGAAGCUCUAAGGCAGUGCAAGGCUCAGUAUAGAGAAAUGACGGCUUGAGCAAGUCCAGUUAUUUGAGUAGAAUGCUGAAAUCAUUACUGGUUGUAUAGACACUGCUGUUGUAAAUUGUAAACAUAAUUGAUAAUAAUUGUAUCAUACAUGAAUAUUCACUGUAAUUGUUGUAACAUCUGAAAAUGCCCCAUUGAAAUAUAUCCAGCCCUUUGAAUGGUGUUUCUGAGAUUGCAAAUAAAAUAUUUUAUUUAUCUGAAGUUUCUUGCUUGUUGUUCCCUUUUCAGUCCCAGGAUCUUUUAUAUAUUCUUGGUAAUAUAAACAAUGCAACAU